AGAGAGAGAGAAAAAGAGAGAGAGAGCGGUAAAGGAAGAGAGCAUGAGCAAGAGAGUGAAAGAGAAGGAGGAGUGACAGAAAGGGAAAGAAAAGAGGGAAGAAAGAGACUCAUUAAGCCAAGUUCUUCUCAGCACUCGUUCUGCUACACAGACUCUCUCUUUCUUUCUUUCUCUCUAUCACACACUCACCACACACACAUACUACAAAACACAAAGCAGAAGUGGACGAAGACACACGGUUUCUGUCGCCGCGGUUGGCUAUGGCUCAGGGCUCUGACAGCAAUGACACAAGUUACAAGUCCCCAUCACCUGGCAGCAGGCCGAGCUCCUCAGAUGAUGCGAAGAAGGUGAUGCGGCGAGAGAAGAACCGGAUCGCUGCUCAGAAGAGCAGGAUGAGGCAAACUCAGAAAGCUGACAGCCUGCACCUGGAGAGCGAGAACCUGGAGAAGGAGAACGCCGCGCUGAGGAAGGAGGUGAAGCAGCUGACGGAGGAGGCCAAGUAUCUGUCCUCUGUGCUGACCAGCCACGAGCCCCUGUGCACCGGCCUGGCUCCUCAGACCCCCGACCUCCUCUACCCUCCUCAUCACGCCAGCUACCACCAGCACAUCACCGUACCACACUACCAGCACUGACCUGACUACCGCGGACUUGCUGCGCACCGACCUCAACGGAGAGAGAGAGACUGACUGGAGAUGUGUCUAUAAAUGUUGUUAAAGAAAACACGAACAUUAACAUGACAGGCCGAUACGUCGUCCACACAACCACAGUACGGACCCCAAAACUGUAACAAGCAGUGCUCAAAACUAUUUAUUUUGCUCGUGCUCAUCUCUUUGCUUUCACCUAUGUGAUCUAUGUGUGAAACAGCUCGAUGAGUAGAAUUAUCAACCAGUCUAUGUUUACAUUGGGAGAUGGAAAAAAACAACAACCUGCAUGUUCAGGUGACUCAGACUCAGACAGUAUUUUUGUAAAUCUUUAGUGCCAUGGAGAGCACCUUUUGUCAUCCUGUCAUGUUUUGAGAAUCUUGUGUUUAUAAAUGUGUUUUCAGUGUGUAAAUAUCAAUAAUGCUCAGGAGAUUUUUGACAGAUUUGAUUGUGGACAAAGAGAAUGUAAAGUCGAGAUCCUAAAAAAAAAGGCUUACCAAAAAAAGAGACGUCUGUGAAGUGAAGAAUGGGCAUUUCAAAGGGUCUCGACUUGUGUACUGGUGAUAAUGCUGAUGUGGAAGAAGAUAUUUAUUAAAUGUGAUGCCAUUUAGGUGAUCAUUUCUGACCUC